AUGAAGGAGGACCUCCGCAUGUGCGAGAUGCCGGCGGGCGCCGAUGAGAAGAAGCGCUGCGCCACCCACCUCGAGGAACUGGUGGACUUCGCAACCUCCGCCCUUGGCACGCGCGAUGUCCGCAUCCUCUCGACGGCGGUGGGGAAGCGCGUCCUCGGGCAGAUAUACACCAUCUCCUCAGCCACCGCCGUGCCGAUGCAGGGGACGGCGUCGGUGGCUUGCCACGCUGUGGCCUAUGCCUACACGGUGUUCCACUGCCACAUGAUCGCGGCCAGCAAACCCUACGUGUUGCAGCUGUUGGGGGAGGACGGAACCAACGUGGAGGCGGCCGCCAUGUGCCACGCCGACACCUCGACGUGGGAUCCCGCGAACAAAAUGCUGGUGGUGCUGAACGAGAAGCCCGGCGGCGCCACCGUGUGCCACCUACUCCAGGAAGGCGACCUCCUCUGGGUCCCCCGCCGUGCCCGCACAGACGUCGGCGUCGCUUCCGCGUGA